UUACCCGGCGGUCUCUCUCGUUUCUUCCUCGCCUUCACUCAGCAGUGUCUCCCUGACUCCGGCGACGGAGGCCUCACGUCUCUUUCUCUUCUUCUCCUCCGCAGCACGUUAACCGCCUCGUGGCCGAGUCUCUCCUUCCUGAGAGGAGCCGGGUAGCGGCAGCGACGAAGGGGCAAUGGCGGACACGGCGCAGAAUGGGCCCAUGCAGGGAGGCGCGGGCGGAGGAGCUGUGCAAUUUCUGAUGACUAAUAAGUUGGACACAGCAAUGUGGCUUUCUCGAAUAUUCACAGUUUACUGUUCAGCAUUAUUUGUCCUGCCUCUUCUAGGGUUACAUGAAGCUGCUAGUUUUUAUCAACGUGCCUUGCUGGCAAAUGCUCUUACCAGCGCCCUACGACUUCACCAAAGGCUACCACACUUUCAGUUGAGCAGGGCAUUCUUGGCUCAGGCCUUGUUGGAGGACAGCUGCCAUUACCUUUUAUAUUCCCUCAUCUUUGUUAAUUCCUAUCCUGUAACAAUGAGUAUUUUCCCUGUUUUGUUGUUUUCUUUGCUUCAUGCUGCUACCUACACAAAGAAAGUUCUUGAUGCUCGAGGUGCAAACAGCCUUCUAUUUUUAAGAAAUCUUUUGGACAAGUUAAAUGCUAAUCAGCAAAACAUCUUAAAAUUUAUAGCCUGCAAUGAAAUCUUCUUGAUGCCAGCUACUGUAUUUAUGCUUUUCAGUGGGCAGGGAAGCUUGCUGCAGCCUUUCAUUUAUUACAGAUUUCUUACACUCCGUUAUUCCUCCCGCAGAAACCCUUAUUGCCGGACUCUCUUUACAGAACUGCGGAUUGUUGUUGAACAUGUCAUAAUGAAACCUUCCUGCCCUGUAUUUGUACGAAGACUGUGUGUCAGCAGCAUUUCCUUUAUAAGCAGAUUGGCGCCAACAGUUGCAUAGCCAGCACUGGAAAUGUACUUCCGUGUGUCUAAUGAACAUUUUGAGCAGCUGGUCUUUCUGCUGGUGAUUUAUACAUUCAGGAUCUCAGUCAAGGUUGUAUGAAAAAUGUUUCCUUCCAAGAACCUGUUCUGUGAAUUGUAUUCUAUGUGUCUUAAAAAAAAACCCUCCAAAAAACCUUUGUUUUUCAAGAUGUUUCUGUGCUUUGUGGAAGAUGAAUGUCUGCUAUCUUAGACAAAAUAUUUUUCAAGGCAAAAAAAGAAACACAAAUUAGCAUUGUAUAAUAUGGCUUAGUUGCUCUCAAGUAGGUUCUCAUCAAUACUGAAAAAAAAUACUUAUUCAAAAAGAAAGAAAAAUUCCCAGCUGUGCUAUCUUGAUUAUAUCUAAUAGAUUGUAAGAUGUUGCCACAUCAUAAAUGUGAUAGCAUUUCUUAGGGAUAGCACUUGGAAUAUCCACACAUGCGGUACAUUUGAGUCAGUAUUCUUUCCAUUCAGUAAAUGAAACCAGUUAACUUUGUUGAGUCAAUCAUUGCAGUCAGUACAAAUAAAUUAGUGUCUGCUCUGUGAACAGUAGCUCUAAGCAUCUAAUUUUGUGGAUCAAAUUUAUUUGAUGCUUUUAAAAUUGAAAGUUCUCUGCCCUGUCACAAACAUAUUUCUUUGUAAAUAUUUCCCCAGGCUUUCUAAGUGUCCCACUGUUUUUUGUUGUUGUUUUCUAGGGGUGGGGGUGGGGUUUGCUAUUUUCCAAAAGCUCUUAAAAUACCACUCUUUGAAAAAUGUGAAUAAUGCGUUGUUGUGAGUUUUUUGGGCUGUAUGGCUAUGUUCCAGUAGCAUUCUCCCCUAAUGCUACUGGAACAUGGCCACACAGCCCAAAAACCCACAACAACCCAGUGAUUCCGGCCAUGAAAGUCUUCGACAAUAUAAAUCUGAAUAAUUAUGGAUGUUUUGUUUAUUUUCAAAAUAAAUUGAAGUGUCAUUGCCCCAAUGAGAUAAUUUUGAAACUUCAUCCAGCUAUCAUUUCAGCACUGCACAUCCUCUGAAGUGAUGUAAUGCCAGAGUAGUAAAGUAAUAUCUCAAUGCAGUUAUGUUGCAAAAUCAAUGGGCCUUGUUUCCAAGUAAUUGGCUGUGUAGGGGCAGCAUAUCUGUAAUGGAGGAUCCCUGCAUCAUGUAUGAAUGUAUAGCUGCACAUGUAUCGCACUAAACAACAAUAGUGAAGGACUGUGUGUCUCAUGCCCUUGCUUCCCCCUGCAUUGGCCAAAAAGCAAGAGGGUUUGGGAACAUAGCUUUGGUGAGGCCAUUAGGUUGCUUAGUGCACAGCUGCUAUGCUUGCAGAGGAAUACAUGUAGCCCGUUGUGCUUAGAGCAAAAGGGCAACUACUACUUAAAGAAGUUGAAGAAAGUUCAUAAAGAAUGGCUAUUCUGUUCCCAGGUAGAGGUGAAAUACAGGGUGGGGAAUAAAGAUCUCCCGCAUUUUGAAGAUGUAUUAAAAAUGAACAGAACUCUCUAGAAGACAAAUGUAUAUAUUUCUGAAAAGUACUAAAACAAUUUUGUUUAAAUGGUUUUAAAAAUCAUAUUAGACAAAUCAUUUUGUAAGGAUGCAGCAUGCCGAAUCCUCCUCAAAUUUCAACAUGAUUGCACCAGUACCAUGGCAUGCUUAUGAGCCUUGGUGAUUGCUGACUGGAAGCUUUUAACUGUUACCACAUUUUUUGGCAUUCUGAUAGCCCUAGGUCUGUCAGGGAUUUUUUUUUGUAGUGUUGAUCCAUUUACCCAGAUAUUAGAAAUCUAUUGCAAAAUCGUUUUCUAAUCUGGUUAGUGAUGCAUUAUGAUUGAAUGUGAAGCAUGUAUGGAGCACUGUUGAUAUCACAGAACAGUUGUUUUCAUAAUAUGCUUGAACAACAAAGCCCUGAUGUUCGCUGGUCCCAACUCAUGACGGGUAGUGAAAAUGGCAAAGUCUCCUCUACCAAAUUAGACCUACCCCACCUUUCUAUCCCCACUACAGCUCACUCAGUGCCUCCUCGAAAUAUGGGAGAUUUUUAUGCCCCACCCUGUAAUGCCAACAUUCUCGCUAAAUGCAUUUCACCACAAGAAAAUAUAAUUGUACCAUUGAUUUGACUCAAAUUAGUUGCCUUAAAUACAUUAUGAUAGUCUGGUUUCCAUAAUAAACAAUGUCCUGAACUCUAGGAAACAUUUCUUGUCAGAACUAUUCCUGAAUUUUCAAAUACAACUUUUCAUGUCCUUUUCCUCUUGCUUUAAUUUUUUUGUGUAGAAUCCUGGCAUCUCAAUGAAAAGCCUACCCUUGAGCCUUUCCAGGCUGUACGGUAUACUUAUACCAGGCUGGAAUAAUGGAAGAAGUGCUUGUAUCUCUCAGAUGUAACCCACUCCUUAGAAAUAUUUUGAAAAGGUUUCCAUAGUAUGUCACUCAUAGUUCUCAACUCAGCUUUGAUUUUCAGUACUGUUGCAGCCCAUUCCUCUUGUGUAUUCUUUUGGAUGUACCUCCUGUGGAAUUUAUGGGGCUACUUUCAAAAAUUGUGUGGUCAGCCUGACUGAAAAAGAUUCUUUAUACCAGGGAAAGUAGGAUGGUAGGCAUCAUUAAGUCCAAGGAAUAGGCAUGUUCCUGCUUUCAUCUUGCACUAUAGUUUCUGAUGGAAGCUUGCAGCAAACAGGUAUGUGCAUAUCUUUGCUUUUUUCCCUUCAUUUGUUACAGUGAAGGUAGAAGGCACUGGGACAUCUGCUUGCUACAGGCAAUUAAAAUCUGUAUUUUAAGAUUGAGGAAUUACUCGCGCCAGCAUUAUUCCAUUCAUUCUUCUAAGAUGCUUCAUAACUCUUUGUCACAUAACUCUGCACGAACUGAUAUGCUAUAUAUUUGGGCAUUGUGCCAUUGUUUUACAAAAAAUCUUAACAUUUAAUGAUCUGCUUUUUCUUUUAUUAGAGUGUAAAUUCUAUUUCAAUUAAACUCAUUCAUUAACUUGUUAAUAGCCAGCCUUGUACAUUGCUUGCUAAAUCUCCAGCUGUGAAAAAAUGCAGUGAUUUAAAAAUUGGGCUGAAAUAAUACUGCUUGAUUGUGCUCCUAUAGGCAUUUUGGCUCUGGCAUCUAUUUAUGGAAAAAUGUAUAACUGUGUGUGAAGGAAGGCUUAGUGAGGUUUUCAUCUAGCAUCUUUACCCUGUUUUCAGGAUUUUAUAAAAACAAAAAUUUCUGUAGCAAUAAAGUGAAUGUUUCAGCAGUAGGCUGGCAUGCAAUGUCUGAACCUUUCCAACCUUGUUGCAGUGUAAUACUGGAAACCUAAAGCUGAGCAUGAUUCUCUAAUGGAGGGGAAAAACAGAAUAAGUUAUCUACGUAUGUGUUUGGGGCAAUUAGAUACACACAACUAGUCAGUCUGAAAUGUUCAUAUGUGUUCUCAUUUAGGAGAUCCUGUCACAAUUCAGUUGAGUAUUGACAUUCAGUUCUCAUCCACAAUGUGCAUAGAUCUUUUGGUAGGCGAGAGUCUGUAUUACUUAUGUAAAUGAAUGUUCUAUCUUGCAGAGGAUACCUCUGAGAGAUGUUUGGCUUUUCUCUCUUGAUUAUGGUUUUCUGUUUUAGGAUUUCCAUCUAAAUAAAUUCCAUACAUGUCUUCUUUA